UGCUUGACUUCCGUUAUCUAAGAGUCGCGGUAAAGUGACGUAGCUGUGAGCCUUUCGGCUAAUAUGGCCGCGCUUCUGAGAGGAUUGCGGCCUGGACGGGUCCUCCGAGGACUGGGCGGCGCGGUUGCUGCCCCAGCAGCAGCAAACCCUCAGCACCGUAGCCUGAGUCGAGGUUUCCACUGUGCAGCGCUGAAGCUGCAGGAUGAGUCCAAAUCUGAUAAAUCCACUUCUUUUGCGUCAUCCCCUUCCUCAUCCUCCACAACGUACCAAGAGCACAGCCAGACUCACUCAGCUGAUCAGAACACAGAAGCAGAUUUCCAGCAUGAAUUCGAUCCAGCAGCUGACGGAACAAACCCCAGCGACCAGGAGCAGGAUGAGGAGUAUGAGACAGAGGAGCAGCUGCAGGCUCGUAUCCUGACCUCUGCCCUGGAGUUUGUCCCGCAGCACGGCUGGUCGAUGGAAGCUAUCGCUGCUGGUGCCGAGGUUCUGGGUCUGUCCUCCGCCUCCGCUGGCAUGUUCUCCAACGGAGCCGGAGACCUGGUCCUGCAUUUCAUCGCCCAGUGUAACUCGAAGCUAACGGAAGUUCUGGCAGAACAACAUAAUCAGGUCCAGCAGGGCCAUGCCGAACCAAAGAAGACGGCAGAGUUUCUCAGAGAUGCAAUAGAGACCCGGCUGCGGAUGUACAUCCCCUACAUCGAAACAUGGCCACAGGCGAUGAGCGUGCUGCUCCUUCCUCACAACAUCCCUGACAGCCUGAAGCACCUCUCCACCAUGGUAGACGACAUCUGGUACUACGCUGGAGACCGGUCCACAGACGUGAGUGGAUCCUAUCGCCCGCGGUCUCCUUUCACAUCUGCUCACAGCUUCCUGUCCCCCUUUCACCAGCAUCCCAACACAAUCCGGCCUGCUUCCUCUCAGAUGAACUGGUACACUAAGCGGGCCGUUCUGACGGGCAUCUAUAACACCACAGAGCUGGUGAUGCUUCAGGACUCCUCUCCGGACUUUCAGGACACCUGGACCUUCCUUGAUAAUCGCAUUCAGGAUGUGGUCAACAUGGCCACCACAGCCAAGCAGGUCCAGUCGACUGGCGAAGCUGUGGUGCAGGGGCUCGUGGGAGCCGCUGUCACUUUGAAGAAUCUCACGGGACUGAACCAGAGGCGAUGAUGGGAAACCUCUCCGUCCCACUUGGCCAUUUAGUUUCUGAGCUUAAGAUCGGUUUUCCUUUUGCUCUAAUAUUUGUUUAAUUGUACGACAUGGCUCAGAAAGAAAUUAAAUUAUGGAAUAAAGAAAAUCUUAAUUUGAUAUCUUUCUGAACAUUUGCAGAAUCUGUGUCUUUGUUUCCCCACAUCCAAACAGCUUCGUCUCUGUUGUAUAGAAAUGCAAACAUAAAUAUCAUUUACUGAACCACACACCCAUUAAAGUUUAAAAUGUU